AUGUGCCAGACCUUCUACUUCGAGCACGACGACUGCACCUGCAUCUACAUCCCAGCCAAUUUCACCCCUUGCGCCGCCUACUCUCUGGCUCAUGCAGAAGGCAAAUCCGAACCACCUAACCCCUUUGCCGAUCCGGAAGACCCUCCCACAGAGCCCGACCCCUUCGCCGACCCGGAAGACCCCUUCGCUGACCCGGUCCCGGAAGCAAAUCCCUUAGGCGUGGCUUCCAGACCCAAGCUUCUGACACAGGCGUACGGAGGCCUCGAUUUCACCUAUGACGAUGUCGACUUCGUGAGCGUGGAUGUCAGUGGUGCGAGGGCGCCGAAGGGCCUGGAAUGUUCAGAGGGGUUUGCGCCAAGGCUGGCUCAUCGGGCUGAGGGUGGAUUUGUGGUGUGCGCGCUCUGUGAUAGGCCUGAUGUGUUGGAGUUGGUGGGGUGGAUGGGGAUGGGGAAGGACGAGCACAAGCACAAGGACGUGGACAUGGACAUGGACAUGGGAAAGGACAAGGACAUGGACCUGGGAAAGUACAAUGGGAAAGAGGAGGAGGAGGAGAGAAAGGGAAAAGAGAAGGAGAAGGGCAAGCCGAAGGAAAAGGGUAUCCGCCAUAAGACCGCGCUCGUCAGAGCAGCGGUUGUGAAGUCGUUCAAAGUUGCCGUCGGCUUUAGGGCGCCGAAGCCGGGAGACAGCUCUGCGGAUUAUUCGGCGAUCGGGGAAGGAGAAAGCUCGUCGUCGACGAGGCCCGCUCGCCCAAACUACAGCAUUCCAUAUGCAACGCCCGCCGAUUUGCCUGAUAUUAUCGCUAUCUUUCACGCGGCAUUCGCCGCAGACCCUUUCGUUGGUCAGUUCAUGAUCAAUGUUCCACCAGAAGUCAAAUUGACCUAUGACAUGCACUGCUAUGGACAUGAAUUCGAGAUGAGCGAGCUCAACGGGCUAAAAUUGAGGAAAAUCGUUGAUGGGGAUGGAAAGACGCUAGCUUUCGCAAAAUGGCAGUACCCCUAUACUUUGACGGCGGAGCAAAAGUCGAGAAAAGUACAGCUUGACGAACUCCAAGAGCUGGAGCAUCCACUCCCGAAGGGAACCAAUAGAGAACUUUACCAUGUCUUCUUUGCGGCGCUGAGAGAGAAGAAAGCCAAGUGGAUGGAUGAGAGCAAGGACUACCUUCUCCACACCCUCGGUGUCUCACCCGCCCAUCAGCGCAAAGGUCUUGGUGCUAUGCUCAUCGGCGAAGGCCUUGCGGAUGCAGACAGAAACAACGCACGGACAUACAUUGAAGCUUCGCCCGCGGGAUAUGACCUUUAUCUACGCCAUGGCUGGAAGCAGGUCGAUAAGAUUGUGAUCGACAUCAGCAAGUAUGGCGGGCAUGGAGUGGCGACCGAGAAGCUGCUUUUGAGGGAGCCGGGCGGCAACUAG